UUUUGAAGGGUCGAAACGACUCCUUCGAAUUUACAGUGUAGCCGCCAUUUUGCAAAUUUCAGUUUUGUUAUAUUCACCUCAGUGUAGGUGAACAUAACGUUACCAGCCUAGCUAAAUACGUCAAAUUUGACCAAUCAACUUGUAGGAUUUGUUCAGAUAUUCAUUUAUCAAAUUACUAUAAAUAAUUAAAUGCAGUUAUUUGUAAUAUAUUUAUUGUAAUAGUAGAAAUUUAAUGCCAAUUAAAUCGUUAUUAAUAUUAUAUUAUUAGGUCAUCGUCUCAAGAAAUGUGUUAUGUAUGAAACUCAAGUUAGCAGUUUAUUACAAUGUUCUCAAAUGUGUUUGAAUCAACGACCGCAAUGUCGAUCCAUUAAUUUUGAGAAAAAGAAUACUCGAUCUAGAUGCCAAAUGAAUAACCAAACAAGAGCAACCAAGGCUGAUGAACUGGUGCUAGACAAAGUUUUCAACUACUAUGAACCAAUUCCAGUAAGAUAUUUAUAUUGAUAGAUUCGUUGCAGUGCAUGACGGUAUGCACUGUAAAAAUGACGUAACUGGCGCCCGGCACUUCACUAUUAUGUGAAUUAGACAUUGGUCUAGCCAGAUUUGUUGUUUGUAAAAGUCUAAUAAAGCCCGAAGCGUAAAGCUUGGCUGAAUUGUCCAAAAUGAGUAAUAAUAAUAUGAUUACCUAUUCACUGACUAUAAUAUUUUAAUACUACUGUAUAAUUAACCAGCUGACAGACAAUACAUCUUAUUGGGUUAAAAGUGGGUUAAAAGUGGCUUGAAAUGAAACAAAUUAAAAUGCAAUCAUGUUUGUUGCCUUUCUUUCACGAUUGACACUGAUUGCAUGACAGCCAUGAUUAUGACCUUGUUUCCAUUUUCAGCAAAAUCCCAAGACGUAGCUAUACGCUUUGCCAUCCCCUUUAAUUUCGUUUCUUUUCUCUUCGUUUCUCGAGGCUUUCUGAACGUUUAUCUUUCACCAUUCGGCAUUUUCGUUUUAAAAUGUCAUUCUAUUAAAUAUUGGCAAAAAUGACAAAUCAUACAUGACGAAUUAGUUUGCUUGCUCAAUUAUAUGUAAACGCUAUUCAUAUUAAUUUCAUUGUUUUCUGUAAUAAUUUGAUACUUGAAAAUGAGGUCAAGAUGACUUCGAAACGUCGUUCUUCAAUAAAUUUGUUAUCGCUAUCAUAUUUAUCUGAAUCUAUAUCAAAGUUUAUUGAUAAAAAUUUCUUAUAUAGAAAAUUCUAUUUGUGUGAAAGUAUAAAGCUUGAAGAAAUUUUUAAAAUUGGUAAUUAAACUUGUGACGUGUAUAAGAGAAAUCUUUAUCUUAGCCAAUCAUGAGCUUGAUAGAUACCAGUCCAAUCUCGCUUUGACCUCGCGAACGCGCAUCACGGCGAAAACCGGCCAACGUCAAUGACAUAGUGGGGAAUGACACGGUGUAAAUAGCCAAGUGGAAUUAGUAGAACCCUUGCCCCAGGCUUACACCCAGGACGGCGCUUCGCGCUAUUGGCUCUGGGAUUAUAAUAGAACACAAAAUAAUCAGUUUCCCUUCUUACCAACAGGUUCGAAGUACGCUCUAUUCAAGUCCAUCAGCUGUGAACAUCGUAUUUGAAGGUGAUAAUUAUUUGCUCGUUGUUCAUAAGAAUGUAAUAUUUUGUGUUUUUAAGUCAGAAUGCCGGAUCAUAAAUACACUGUGUAGGAAACUCUUGAUCACGCAUGGUGUUUUUGCCUGGUUUUCAGGCUACUGAUGUCGGCCGUCUCAAUCUAAAUUGUUGAAAAUUAGGGCAUCACUAUAUUCAAAAUAGUUCCACGUUUAGCAACUAUACAGCUGAACAUUUUAAUCAAAAAGGAUACUAGAAACACAACCAUACCACUCUCCCAUGGAAAAGCCAAAUAUUGUUAGUCAUUUUCCGGGAACAAAUCAAUCAUCAGUCAGUAAAAUACGCGUCACAAAAUUCAAUUUAUAUUUGAAGAGCAGUUUAGUGUCAACCUCUUGAUUACAAAAGUAAAAAACCUAAAACAUGCAAAGACACACAACAUUUACCUCGAAUACUUUGCUGUGGCACAGGCAGGUUUAAAAGAUAAUGAAACAAUUUUGAAACUCAUUGUUGUUACUUGAAUGCGAAUUCGAAAAACAUUGUAAAACCGGGAAGAAAAAUGCUGUAAAUUUUGCUGUAUUGUAUUUAUGAUAUUCGCGACAUCAUUGAAUUCGAAGCAUUGCAUUUUUGGAGCGAUAACAAGGACUGUAUACAGGAAUUUUUUACCAGGGGAGGAAUACUGCAGCAUGAAAUAAUUGCCCAGAUGUCAAUGCAUUUAAAGUCAUCAGUAUCGUUUACAUGCACGCUUAUUGCUAGUCAUACAUGCAGAAUCACACAUUUUGAUUCCCAAGAUUAUAUAUAAGACUCAUUUAGCUCGUAUGAGAGCCAGCCUCCAUAGCCAGGAUGACUCGUAAUAAUCGUUUAACUGAUAAACUCUAUAGUGCUACUGGAAUGAAACAAAGCUAAUUCAACUUUGAAAUGUCAUUUUCGAUGUUUAUCAAAGCCAUACAUGAUAAGAGUUUUAACGAAUCAUCCCGAUUUACCAGCUCCAGCUCGGCUCCAUACAAACAGCCCCUUUGAACGAACUAUAUCAGUUUAUUUCAAGGUAUAUACAUGGUGAAAAACGUGAGAACUAAACGGUUGAUGUUAUCACCUGGCAGCACAGUUGUAAAACAAGGAUCGGAAGGUGGAACAAGUCUCGGAACAAGAAUUCUUGGUUCAGAUGGGCACUACUAUAAUCGCGCUUUUUGGAAAAUAUUGAAUCAUGGACAAGGAAGAUAUUUAUUUGAGAACCAUGAAACAAGAAGAUAUCUUUUCUCUGAGGGAGACGAAAUACCAGGUGAUCGUGGUUGUGAAGGAGGGGCGGCAGAAGCUCCACCUUGUCUUGGAUCUGACGCUAAUUAUGAUAAUCGUGCUGUUUGGAAGCUCGUGCACCAGGGAGAUGGGAAAUAUCUCAUCGAGAGUGUGGGGAAUUUUCGAUAUGUGCUUUCGUAUGGUGAGCCGCCUGUUCGCAAUGAAGGCGGUUGGGCUGGAUCUCCAAAAUGUGUUAUGGCUGAUGGGAACUACGAGAACCGCGCUCUUUGGGAAAGGAUUAGGAAUUGGUCAAUUAGAUUUCGACUAAAAAUACCUAUACAUAUUCUAGACUAGAAAUUACUGUCGCAAGGAAAGUGCUGCCUCACUCCCAAGGGAUCAAAGGCAGCACGUUACCAUGUUAAUACUUCAUGUUUGGAAAAUAAUACAAUGGUUUUGUCAGUAAGGCGAUGGGUUUUUGCAUGCAUGUUGUAUUCUCUAGUAUGUAUAAUUAUAAUACUCAGUGUCUGUGGUGAAGCUAGCCAUAGCAACAGGUCAUGCUAUAACAUUUUUUAAUUAUUUGCAUUAUUUAAAUGUGCAGGUUUAUUAGCAUAGCAUGACCAGUUGCCUUCGCUAACUUGCCCCUGAAUACUGUAUAUCAUAUAUAGAAAUACUAGUCAGUUUUUGUCCCAAUUAUCGUUUUAAACGACAAACGGGUACGGGUGUUUUCUGUUUACUAUUUUUGGGCCGUUUAAAUAGUACAAAUUUUCAACAUCUUACCCAAAUAAAUAAUGCACAUAUGCUGGUCAGUAUUCAACAAUUUAUGGCGAACCUCAACAGCGAAAGUUACCAUUCACUGAUCGGUUUUCUCACGCCGGAGUUCUUGAAUUUCUUAAGUUACAAGUUAUUCCCCGAUUUACGGGUACGGGUACGUGUAUAUCACCCGUACCCGUAAACCGGAAUCGGGGUAUCUUAACCUCUCUAUUAGUGUGCCUCCUCGCUUCGCUCGGCAGCAAUAGUAAGUAUCUAAACUCAGGGAACAAUUUGUUUG